AUGGCUCUCCUCGCACCUUACAAUGCUUCCAUGAAGCUUGGAUCCGUUAUUCGAGAUGACAAGGCACCCGAUGAUGAGUUUGCGCCAACAACAACCGAGGGAGGCGUUUCCCAGCAAGUGUCCUACAAGACCACCAUGAUUGACAAGAUCUCGGAUGUCACCAAUGCAUUGAAUAUCUCGGCCGCCAUGUCAAUCAAAUACGACAGCCAGAUUGACGGGACGGGACAGGGAGACUUUCUCAAUUCUGACAAGAUCAAGUCAAGCACAAUAUCGUAUUUGAUAUCCGUCAAGGUCGUCAACCAGACCAUAACUGACCGCAAACUGAACAAGUUCUGGCCAGUUGAUGGUGUCGCACCAGGAGAUUUCACUGAAGUCUACGGUGACUGUUUCAUUUCUGGUUUUCAGGAGGGUGGCGAAUUCAAUGCUUUGAUUUCAAUCAAGAAAAGCGACACUUCCAACAUCCACAACUUUGGUGUCAAUGCCGAAAUAGCCCUCACGGGUAUGCUAGAUGGCAAACUGGAGGGUUCUGCCAAUGGCGAUGUCCAAAAGGCUCGCAAGGAGCUCCUCGAAAACAACGAGGUCACAAUCUCUGUAAGCUGGAAAGGUGGCGGCCAGAAGCUCAAGGGACCUGAUGAGGACUGGACAUUUGAUACAUUGCGCAAAGCGGCGGUCAAGUUUCCAGACUAUGUGGCUCAAACACCCAUGAGAACGCACAUUAUCCUAACCAAGUAUACAUCUCUCCGCAGUUUCCUCCCCUUUGCCACCAGAUUCUCGCCCAUGGUCUAUGAGAAUGCCGGUGGAUACACGACGAUGCUGCAAGAGGCUUUUGCCGACUACAAGAAUCUAGCCAAGUACAUACAGACCUUGGCUAUCGAUUUUGACGCAGGCAAGACGAUUCUCAAGGAGAGUGAAAUGAUUGGCGCCAGAGACCGCACUGCCUUUUAUGGGAAACUCAUCACAGCUGCGAAUGCACCGUCUGCUGAAUCGAAGUCUCCAGCAUCCGAUACGGGUAAUCAGCAGCUAGAAGCAUCUAAAGAAAAGGGUGUUUCCGGAGAGGGCAAGAAGCUGGAAAGUGAAUCGGGUAAAGCUGAAGAGGUUGCAUCCCAAGAUGGCGCCGACACCCCCGAAGAGCACGAGGACGAUCCAAGCCCCGAGCUGAACCCACCUACAGCUCAGGGCACUAACGAACCUGCGGACAGCACGAAAAGCCUGGCGUUGCGGGGCACUUCUGCUAAAGCCUCUGCUGGAAAACUCCCCAAGCCCCGCGAACCCCUCUACAUUCUCAAGCCAUAUGAAGCCACGCUUUUGGGUCUGGAAAAGGCAAAGAGAGAUAUUCGCUUGAUGAUGAAUCGCAUCGUAUCCGAGGUCGACGUUGUAACUCACUAUCCCACGGUCGCUACUGAUGAGACCUGGCCAAUGCCCUUCAUGAGCCCCAUACUGUUCAAGCAGUUUCUCCCUGUCCCUAAACCUGUUGAAGACAAGCAAGAUGAGUGA